AUGGGGACUGCGGCUGCUGCUGCUGCAGCGGCGGCGGCCGGGGAGGGGGCGCGCAGCCCGAGCCCCGCCGCCGUGUCGCUCGGCCUGGGCGUGGCCGUAGUGUCGAGCCUGGUGAACGGGUCCACGUUCGUGCUUCAGAAGAAGGGCAUCGUGCGCGCCAAGCGGCGAGGUACCUCCUACUUAACAGAUAUUGUAUGGUGGGCAGGAACAAUUGCAAUGGCUGUUGGCCAGAUUGGAAACUUCCUGGCUUACACAGCGGUCCCCACGGUCCUGGUGACUCCUCUGGGUGCCCUUGGAGUGCCAUUUGGGUCCAUUUUAGCUUCUUAUCUUCUGAAAGAAAAGCUCAACAUCUUGGGCAAGUUGGGGUGUCUGCUAAGCUGUGCGGGUUCUGUCGUGCUGAUUAUCCAUUCCCCGAAAUCUGAGAGUGUGACUACUCAGGCUGAGUUGGAGGAGAAGCUGACCAAUCCAGUGUUUGUGGGCUAUCUGUGCAUCGUGCUGCUCAUGCUGCUGCUGCUCAUCUUCUGGAUUGCACCGGCCCAUGGGCCCACCAACAUCAUGGUCUACAUCAGCAUCUGCUCCUUGCUGGGGAGUUUCACCGUGCCUUCCACCAAGGGCAUUGGGCUGGCUGCCCAAGACAUCUUCCACAACAACCCGUCUAGUCAGCGGGCCCUCUGCCUGUGUCUGGUGCUCCUGGCCGUGCUUGGCUGCAGCAUCAUCGUCCAGUUCAGGUACAUCAACAAGGCCCUUGAGUGCUUCGACUCCUCUGUGUUUGGGGCCAUCUACUAUGUUGUGUUCACCACACUGGUCUUGCUGGCCUCAGCCAUCCUCUUCCGGGAGUGGAGCAACGUGGGUCUGGUGGACUUCUUGGGCAUGGCCUGUGGGUUCACCACUGUCUCCGUUGGAAUUGUCCUUAUACAGGUGUUCAAAGAGUUCAACUUCAACCUGGGGGAGAUGAACAAAUCUAAUGUGAAAACAGACUAGGAUGUAACAGGAAAUUGUAUGGCUUGAGGAACAGAAAGAAGAUACGGUCUCUGGUCCUAAUUUGAUGUGAAGAAGAAAAGUAAAUUUACACAAGUACAUCGCUUGUGUUGGAGUUGCUUGUAUAUGAUGAAUAGGCUGGUGGAGAAUGAGGAUGCGUUGCUUAGCACUGGAGUGUGGACUCAGCCUUCUGUUCACUGAAGUUGCUCAGUGGUUGCCUGAGUGUCAUCUCUCUCUGAUGAGAGGAAUCUUAUGUUCAUUGCCAUUAACCUGGAAGCUUUGAUGAAUACUCUUUGCUUUUAAAACACUAUCAUUAUUUAAAUAGAAUGGGCCUAUUCUGGUUAGUGUUUGCAGGGGAACAGAUGUUCUUAUUUAGAAGCUUACUUUGGAAAUAGGAGAAAGUGUUGUCUUGAAGUCUGACUUUACAGUAAAUGUGUGUCUUUAGUCUUGUUAUUUUGCAUUAAGCAUGUAUAAAAUUCAGGUGUUCCAUCCAAAUCAGAGGUAUAUACAUUUAAUUGUUUUUAAUCCUCUGAUGUGUUGACUCUCCUACCCCUGACUCCUAGACAUUUUAAUUGGAAACAGAG